CCCGCGGCCGCCGCCGCCAUUUCGGGCAGUGCUGUGAGGCUGAGACCCUCGCCGGUCCGCUGGGCGGCGGGGCGCCGGAGCUGGAGGGGCGCGCACGGCGGCGGCGGCGGCGGCGGCGGCCAUGGCAGGCAACUUCGACUCGGAGGAGCGGAGCAGCUGGUACUGGGGCCGGCUGAGCCGGCAGGAGGCGGUGGCGCUGCUGCAGGGCCAGCGGCACGGGGUGUUCCUGGUGCGGGACUCGAGCACCAGCCCCGGGGACUAUGUGCUGAGCGUCUCCGAGAACUCGCGCGUCUCGCACUACAUCAUCAACAGCAGCGGCCCGCGCCCGCCGCUGACACCGUCGCCCGCCCAGCCUCCGCCCGGGGUGAGCCCCUCCAGACUCCGAAUAGGAGAUCAAGAGUUUGAUUCAUUGCCUGCUUUACUGGAAUUCUACAAAAUACACUAUUUGGACACUACAACAUUGAUAGAACCAGUUUCCAGAUCCAGGCAGGGCAGUGGAGUGAUUCUCAGGCCGGAGGAGGCAGAGUAUGUACGCGCCCUCUUUGACUUUAACGGGAAUGAUGAAGAAGAUCUCCCGUUUAAGAAAGGAGACAUCCUGAGAAUCCGGGAUAAGCCUGAAGAGCAGUGGUGGAAUGCAGAGGACAGCGAAGGCAAGAGGGGGAUGAUUCCAGUCCCUUACGUCGAGAAGUAUAGACCUGCCUCCGCCUCAGUAUCGGCCCUGAUUGGAGGUAACCAGGAGGGUUCCCACCCACAGCCAAUGGGUGGGCCGGAGCCUGGGCCCUAUGCCCAGCCCAGCGUCAACACUCCGCUCCCUAACCUCCAGAAUGGGCCCAUUUAUGCCAGGGUAAUCCAGAAGCGAGUCCCUAAUGCCUACGACAAGACAGCCUUGGCUUUGGAGGUCGGUGAGCUGGUAAAGGUUACGAAGAUUAAUGUGAGUGGUCAGUGGGAAGGGGAGUGUAAUGGCAAACGAGGUCACUUCCCAUUCACACAUGUCCGUCUGCUGGAUCAACAGAACCCUGAUGAGGACUUCAGCUGAGUAUAGCUCAACAGUUUUGCUGACAGAUGGGAACAAUCUUUUUUUUUUUUUUCCAACUGCCAUCUAUACAAUUUUCUUACAGGUGUCAAAAGCAGUCUAGUUUAUAUAUAAGCAUUCUGUUAAUACCUGUGAUCUUUCUUCAAUUGAACUACUCCAUUCCUAGUCUUAUUUGACCAUAUUCAGGGUACGAAACUGGAGGGUUUGAGGUUAGCUUGUGAAUGAACAGGUGGUAGCAGUCAUGCAUGCCGUGUGCAUCAGAAGGGUUAGGUGCAUUGCCUCCGUUCCCUCAGGAACCUGUGGAAAACUCGUGGACAGGAGAGGAGUAUCGCACACUGCUUGCCCUGACUUACUCAGCAGUUUGUGUGCGUUCUGAGACCACACUGUCACAUGGCAGUAGCCUGUUGCCUUCCACCUCCGUGAAUCAUGCACCGUGUGAAUAGUACCCAGUGGGAUUGCUGUUCCAUUCAUGGAUCGGGACCGUUGUAUGACUCACUCUGACAUUUCAAAUCCUGAGAAUUCUGAGAACACUACUAGAGGCAUUUGUCUUCCUUCCUAGUCAAUGCUUCAUACUUUUUCUUGGGAUUCUUUCAACCCUUGUCAUUCUUGUUCCUCCAACUACAAAUAGGUUAAUUCUUAGAUAAGUGUUUUCCUUCCUGAUGAGAAGCAGAAUGUGCAGAGCACUUGAUUGAGUGCAUAGCUUUAAGCCAGUAUUGGACUCACAAAACGGACGGCCAAACCCCCAGCUCUCUGCCUUCCUCCCAGGGGUCAGUAUGCUCACUCUGCUGCAGCAGCUGCCUACACUCCUGGCUUUUGGAGCCCAGCAGGGCUGUUUCUCCUGAGUGGCAGUGUUCUGUUUCAAUUGGAACCCUCAGAUUCUGUGUAGAGUGGAAGGACCAAUCACUUAGAAUAUUUCUUGGAAGGUUUGGGGGCCAAAUUCUGCCCUCUGUGUUAUGUGCAGCUUGUAUAAAAAUGAAGGUAGAGCUACAUGAAUUUGAGGAUAGGGUUAGCACUUUGAAAACUAUUUGAACCAAUCAUGAAUUACGUAUGUAUUAUUCAUUUCACAUGGCUGGAAUAGUUCUUAAAGUACAUCACAUUAUAAACUGCCUUCAUUUUUUUUUUUUCUUCACAUUUGGUUUACAAACUCUUUAAGUAUGAAAUGGUUUAUAUGGGGUCAGAUGCUCCAAAGAAUAGACUAUGAGACCAAAAAUAUUUUGGCUUUUUUGUCUGCCACCUGAAGUUAACUUUAAAAGUUAGGUCCAAGUCUAUAAAGCACUUCCUGGUCUGUGGUGUAGAGUGACCAAUGGAGACAUCUUAUACUUUGCUUUGGACCUCAUUUUAGGAAAAUCAUGUACCUUUCUAAUUGUCCUGUGCAGGUUAAUGUGAUGAGUUUGCUUUUUUUUUUUUUUUUAAACAAUAUGCCAAAUUGUGGUAUCCCAGUGACUAGCACAUUGGAACACAGUUCAUGUGCAGGUGUUUAGAUGAGUGAUUGAGGGGGAUGCAGAAGCUUAUUACAUGACAUAAGAAAGCUAGUUGGCACAGGACUACACACAGUAUCGUAAGGAAACUAAUGAGAUAAUGCUAAUUUAUUUUUACCUCACAUUAAGGUAAUGCUUGAUAAAGAUAUUAAUAUUCAACUUUAAAAUGUUAGCAAAGUGCUAUGCACAUGGUGGGUGCUCAGUAAUGUCAAAUGGACAGAUUUGCAAUGUUAGACAUAAUUCCAUCUGACUCCUUUGUUAAAUUUUCAUUAAGAGUAUAAAUACUGUAACAUUCAAAUACACAUUAAAACUUGUUUUCCUGAAAGUAUGGCAUCUAAAAUAUUUGUAGAAAAACUUUGUCACAACUUAUUUGAAUGUUUGUAUUUUAUUUUGUCUUUGACAUUGCGUUGUAAUAUCUUCUUCAUCUUAUGUAAUAUUAGUGGAGUGAGCAACUCUUCCCAAAUCAUGAGACUUUCUCAGUGAGCAGUUGUCUGGAGCCUUUACGUGAACUGUUGGGUUGGAUUUAGCUGUGUGUGGCGGUUGUUGGACCUCAAGAAAUCAAAGGACUUCUUAUUAGUGUCUUCCCCCCACCCCCCAAAAAAGUGCUAGACUUCCUGUUCAAGUGCUUAUGUACAUUGUCACAGAGCAAAGUAAACUGAAAUUGGCUGCUAUAUUUUAUAUAAUCAUUUCUGCAAAAGCCCAUUUUUUUGGAUACUAAUAUUUGACAUGUUUAAUUCUUAUUAAUUUGUUGGAAUUGUUUAUUGUUAAUAAUGCAAAUAGAUAAUUUUUAAUUAUCCACAAGUAAUAUUUCACUAUUAAUGGUUUGAAAUGGGUGACAAGCAAACCAAUUUGAAAUAAAAUAUGAACAUGUGCCAUUGUAUUAUAACACUAUACACUUUCUUGACAGUUAAAUUUUAAAAAGUUUUUUUGUAGCAUGUAUUGUAUAUGUUUAUAGUAUAUGUAGUAAAUAAAAAUAU